ACACUCACAAUAACAAUUGAGGUAGGGUUUAAGGGGUGUGAGAGAGACAGAGAAGAGAGAAGAAUGAGUUUGGUAGCAGGUUCAUACGAAAGAUUCAUAUGGGGUUUCACCUUAAACCCUCAAUCCCUAACCCUAACCCCCCUUUUCUCAUACCCUUCACACCUCUCCCUCAUUAAAACCCUCGCCGUCUCCGGCUCCGUCGUUGCCUCCGGCGGCUCCGACGAUACCAUCCACCUCUACGACCUCUCCGCCGCCUCCUCCAUCGGCUCCCUCCACCACCACUCCGCCACCGUCACCGCCCUCUCCUUCUACGCCCCUCCCCACCUCCCCUUUCCCCGCAACCUCAUCUCCGCCGACGCCUCUGGCUCCCUCUCCAUCUUCGACGCCGAUGCCUUCGUCCACCUCAAGUCCCUCUCCGUCCACCGCAACGCCGUUAACGACCUCGCUCUUCACCCUUCCGGUAAGCUCGCUCUUACGGUUGGCCGCGACGAGUGCCUCGCCAUGGUUAACCUCGUUAGGGGCCGCCGGAGCUUCUGCUGCCGGCUCGGAAAGGAAGCUAGUUUGGUGAAGUUCGAUGCUGCCGGCGAGAAGUUCUUCAUGGCAACGGAAGAGAAGGUCUCCGUCCACGAGGCCGAGGAUGCGCGAUUGUUGUUCGAGUUGGAAUGCUCCAAGCGUGUUCUCUGCGCCGCACCCGCUAAGAAUGGACUUCUCUAUACUGGUGGUGAAGACCGAAACAUCACAGCAUGGGACAUAAAGAGUGGAAAAGUUGCAUAUUGCUUGGAAGAAGCACAUACUGCCCGUGUGAAAGGUAUUGUUACACUCACAGAUAGUGAUGGUGGUGCAGGGGAUGAUGAACCAUACCUAGUGGCAUCUGCAUCAUCUGAUGGGAUUAUACGUGUCUGGGAUGUUCGAAUGGCUGUCACAGAGAAGCCAAAUCCACUAGCUGAAUGUAAGACACAGUCAAGACUGACAUGCCUUGCUGGAUCAUGUUUGAAAGUGAAACGACCCCAAGCUGGAGAGAGUAAAUCAGAAGUAGAGGAUCAAACAAUGGAAGAUGAAUAAGCUUUCUAGAUGGCAUACUAGAGAAAAUCAUUUUGCUUAUUGACAAAAGUGGCACUAACAUCCCAUUGCGAUGAGAAAUCUAUUGCUGCUUGGGCCCAGUUUAUUCUAUCUGUGGGUUGCAGAAUACCCUCCCCGUUCUGCACCCCCUCUGUCAAACACACCACUGCUGUUACUGUUAGCCUCAUACAUAGGUACUUACAGGCUAGCUUAUGGCCUAUUUUUGUAAAAGGAUUCUGAUAACAGAAAAGGAUUCUUACAUGUUUAAUUUUUCAUCGCUAGUAAGUUUACUGUUUAUUUAAUCUUAUGUAGAUAACUUGUGUUUCUUAAAAGUUCUUUUUACUUUUAUUCAAUAUGUUUUCUGGUAAGAAUUAUUAAAAUAUUUUUUUGAAGUUUAAUCGAAGAGCACUUAUAUU